AUGUCUUACGGUAGCGUGGCCAUUGUAGAUGCCAAGGUUUUCCAGUUCGUGUCCUUCCUCCUAUCACCCGAAGGCUUUGCAACGUAUCCAGAUGAGACGCAACAGCUCCUGGCUCUUCUAACUUCACUCGGCACUAAUGAUACUAUUCAGCUUCCAAAGACGGGGACCAUUACCCAAUGGAAAGAUGCCGUCGCUCGCUAUUCAGUUACAGAGACAGAUGAUACUCGUCAUUGUCGAGUGUUUGUGCUGGUCACGUACCGCCCCAAGGAUCUUUUGCCAUUGUACAUGACAUCAGCUAGACGUGCAGUCAAGUUUGUCAAUGCCGUGGUGGCUUUGGUGACGGCUAAUGCCUACAUCUCGACGCUCGGUGGAGGACAUUUUUUGUGUCGCCACUUGAACCAGUCGACGCUCUUGGCCAAGCUGCAGAUUGGCAUUUCAAUGGGACUGAAGGACCCUAUACUUGAGAGCAAAUGUAGAGUGAAUCUCAUGUAUAAUGCCCUGCAGUUGGGCAAGUUUAAACGGGCAAGGAGGAUCUUAAGACAAGAGGAGCUUGUGGCAAAACAGCUCGGUAGUACUGAGCUCCACAAUGUCUGCCAUGCUGCCAGUGUGUACUUGGACAAGAUGGAUCGACUACACAAGGAGCAAGUGCUGCACCAUGAGAAAAACGGACGUCCAGUUACGCUGCAUGAUAAUUUCUACCGUCAGAGGAUUGUCUGCAUGACCAAAUGA